CCGCCUUCAUUCCCGCCGCCGCCAACUUCAGCUCAGCCAUUGCGGCACUCGGCCACAUCCUCUCCGCUUCCAACCCCAUAUCCUCCUCCACCACCUCCCCCUCCCACCCAUUCAGCGGUGCGCAGACGGGACUUGAGCAAGCGGUUGCUGUUCUGACAGACUUCCUCGCCACCCGCACCGCGCUCGAAAAUACCUCGAUCCUCCUCGCCCUCUGCACCUUCGCCGUGCUCGGCAUGAGCUGGUACUCCCGCUUCGGCAACAUGACCGGCCGCUUCUCCCCCUUCACCCGCUCUCCGCCCCAAGGCUCCACGCGCGUCAGCGACGGCGACUUCAGCUACAUCACCGCUGAUGACUUGCGGAAACACGGCAGCGACACCACGCCCCACCACCACCCCCACCAUCACGGCAGCCAUGUGGACGAGAGUAGCGUGGACAUGGGCCCGCCGCGCGAGACGGAUUGUUUGAUUCUAAGGAACAAGAAGAAAGAUCAUGUCGUGCAUUUCCCGGCGUAUAGUAUCGCCAAGGGACAGCUGACGGUGGGCCAGGUGCGCGAGCACGCGGCGAAGAAGACCGGGACGGCGGAUGCGCGGCGGGUGAAGUUGCUGUAUCUGGGGAAGAAUCUGUCGGAUGAUUCGCGCUCGUGCCGGGCGGAGGGGUUGCGGAAUGAGUCGGAGCUGUUAUGCACGAUUGCCGAAGGUGUGCUGGACGACGAGGAGGACGAGGAGGAUGAUGGUGAAGGGGAGGAAGACGAUGACGCGGGAGAGGCGGAGGGUGGUGUGGGUUUGGGAGGGGAGCAGCCGAGGCGGAAGAGGAACAGAGGGAAGAAGACGAAACGGCGGAAUAAGCGAGACGCAACGCAACAACAAGCGAGUGGCACUUCUACACCCGCGGAACUCAACAUCCCGCAGCCCUCGACAGCCGCGUCCUCGCAGCACUCCCGCGCGCCCUCUCCCAGACCCCCACCCGCGCCCAUGACGCCCAUGGACAAGCUGAACGCGCUGCGUGCUACCCUCGAGACAUUCUUACCGCAAGUCCACGCGUUCAAAACCUCCCCUCCGGUCGACCAAGCGAAGCGGGAGUACGAGCAUAAGAAGCUGACCGAGACGAUUCUGGCGCAAGUCCUGCUCAAGCUGGAUGCGGUGGAGACGGACGGGGAUGCGGACGCGCGGGCGAGGCGGAAGGAGUUGGUGCGCGAGACGAACGGGGUGUUGCAGGAUUUGGAUGCGGUGGUUAAGGGGUGAUGAAGGAAAUGUUUGUGUAGUGACUGGGCUCUGCCGUCCGGCGGUAGGUGGGGGCGCUGUGAUUUGCGGUGGCGGAAGGGUGAAUACUGUUGGUCACGUCGUGAGGCUAGGGCGGCGAUUGCGUGGUGGGUCAUAUGCCACGCCGUAACGAACCGCGGUCGACGAGCUUGGUCGUAGGAGUAAUCGCUAAUUGAUGCUUGCAUAGCGAUCAUUUCCGAUCAUGCUAUUCGGUUCAUACCCGCUUUGCACGUAAGGUCCUACCAGUCCGAUAACUUUCUUCCUUCUGCGCCCGCUUACCUGCAUAUAUCGUGGACUUCCAAAUGGAUGUCUGUCUAAGGUAGAUUCCUCGUUCUGCAUCGCAACCACAGCGAGGAGGGUUUGACUGCGGUAAGGCAUGCAACCUGCAGGCUUCGGACGCAGUAGUAAUAGCGCCGU